AUGAACUGCUAUGGGACUCGCAAGCCAUUCCUUGGAUCCUAUAACUUCUUCCUUAAAAAUUUACAUGAGUUCCUAGGAAGAUGUGUUCCAGAAGUCAGCACCUCAACCAGUACAGCAUCUUCAACGAUCAGCACCUCCACCAGUACAGCAUCUUCAACGAUCAGCACCUCCACCAGUACAGCAUCUUCAACAGUCAGCACGUUAUCCACCGCAAGUACAAAUCUAAUUCAUGUUACUGUUAACUUCACCUUGACGAAUCUGCCCUUCACAUCAGCAUUGAAUAACAAAAACAACAUUGUAGCAAAAAAAAUUUCAUCUCAGGUUGACCAAAUUCUUAACAGCAGCAAUUUGGCUCCCGUCUUCUCAUCUUGUCAUUCUUUCAAUUAUAGUGCGGAUCCCCAAAACGUUACAAAAGCAGUGAUCAGCUGUGGGUUCAAGAAUGACACGUCUCUCCCUGAAUUCAACAGAUACAUCAUCUAUAACUUGCUUCAAAAUAAAACCCAAAACGGCACCAACUUGGGACCGUAUACAAUGGAGCCCAACAGCCUGUAUGUGAACAACUAUCAAAAACAACCUGCUGUUAUUCCAACGGUCAGCACCUCAACCAGCACAGCUUCUUCAACAGCCAGCACUACCCAGAGUACGGUACCUCCAACAGUCAGCACAUUAUCCAACGCUUCAGCAAACACAACUCCAAAACCAAUUUAUCUCACUGUCAACUUCACCUUGACCAAUCUGCCUUUCACAUCUGCAUUAAACGACAAAAACAACAUCAUAGCAAAAAACAUUACAUCUCUGGCUGACCAACUUCUUCACAACAGCACGUUGGCUCCCGUGUUUUCAUCUUGUCAUUCUGUUAAUUACAGUGCGGGUCCCCAAAACGUUACAAAAGUAGUGAUCAGCUGUGGGUUCAAAAAUGGCACGUCUCUGCCUGAUUUCAACAAAUACAUCAUCUAUGACUUGCUUCAAAAUGAAACCCAAAACGGCACCAACUUGGGACCGUAUACAAUGGAGCCCAACAGCCUCUAUGUGAACAACUAUCAAAAACAACCUACUGUUAUUCCAACGGUCAGCACCUCAACCAGCACAGCUUCUUCAACAGCCAGCACAUUAUCCGACGCUUCAGCAAACACAACUCCAAAACCAAUUUAUCUCACUGUCAACUUCACCUUGACCAAUCUGCCUUUCACAUCUGCAUUAAACGACAAAAACAACAUCAUAGCAAAAAACAUUACAUCUCUGGCUGACCAACUUCUUCACAACAGCACGUUGGCUCCCGUGUUUUCAUCUUGUCAUUCUGUUAAUUACAGUGCGGGUCCCCAAAACGUUACAAAAGUAGUGAUCAGCUGUGGGUUCAAAAAUGGCACGUCUCUGCCUGAUUUCAACAAAUACAUCAUCUAUGACUUGCUUCAAAAUGAAACCCAAAACGGCACCAACUUGGGACCGUAUACAAUGGAGCCCAACAGCCUCUAUGUGAACAACUAUCAAAAACAACCUACUGUUAUUCCAACGGUCAGCACCUCAACCAGCACAGCUUCUUCAACAGCCAGCACAUUAUCCGACGCUUCAGCAAACACAACUCCAAAACCAAUUUAUCUCACUGUCAACUUCACCUUGACCAAUCUGCCUUUCACAUCUGCAUUAAACGACAAAAACAACAUCAUAGCAAAAAACAUUACAUCUCUGGCUGACCAACUUCUUCACAACAGCACGUUGGCUCCCGUGUUUUCAUCUUGUCAUUCUGUUAAUUACAGUGCGGGUCCCCAAAACGUUACAAAAGUAGUGAUCAGCUGUGGGUUCAAAAAUGGCACGUCUCUGCCUGAUUUCAACAAAUACAUCAUCUAUGACUUGCUUCAAAAUGAAACCCAAAACGGCACCAACUUGGGACCGUAUACAAUGGAGCCCAACAGCCUCUAUGUGAACAACUAUCAAAAACAACCUACUGUUAUUCCAACGGUCAGCACCUCAACCAGCACAGCUUCUUCAACAGCCAGCACAUUAUCCGACGCUUCAGCAAACACAACUCCAAAACCAAUUUAUCUCACUGUCAACUUCACCUUGACCAAUCUGCCUUUCACAUCUGCAUUAAACGACAAAAACAACAUCAUAGCAAAAAACAUUACAUCUCUGGCUGACCAACUUCUUCACAACAGCACGUUGGCUCCCGUGUUUUCAUCUUGUCAUUCUGUUAAUUACAGUGCGGGUCCCCAAAACGUUACAAAAGUAGUGAUCAGCUGUGGGUUCAAAAAUGGCACGUCUCUGCCUGAUUUCAACAAAUACAUCAUCUAUGACUUGCUUCAAAAUGAAACCCAAAACGGCACCAACUUGGGACCGUAUACAAUGGAGCCCAACAGCCUCUAUGUGAACAACUAUCAAAAACAACCUACUGUUAUUCCAACGGUCAGCACCUCAACCAGCACAGCUUCUUCAACAGCCAGCACAUUAUCCGACGCUUCAGCAAACACAACUCCAAGUAAGAAUCUAUAAAGGACUGAAAAAUUUCAAUUCUUUUGCACAUGGUUUGUCUCAAAUAUUCUCAUUUCAAUGAUAGGUUUGAAAAGGUUUUAUUAAAUCACAUAAAGAAAGGCGUUUCAAAAUGAGUAAUGUCAAAAAGGCACAAUUAUAUUUCAUUUUUACUCAGACGUCUGUGACUUGGAAAUAGACAUUCUUGUAUUUUCUUAACAGCCUAAAGUAUGUAAAGUAGCUGCAGGUGUAUACACUUACUCAGAAUGGCUGAUAUUGAUCUCAUGCCAUAAAUGAAGUACUGUAGACAUCAUCACUGAACAUUCA